GAUUCCAUGGCUUCGUUUGAGACGACCACCACAUCACUUCUGGACACACUGGAUGCAGCCAUCUCUCUCCUCUACGCAUUCGAAGACGACAUGCAUCUGCGAUUGGUACGAGAACGGGACAUCCGGCGCAAGCUUAAGUACCAAGUGAAGCAGCUCAGGAGG